ACGUGGGCCAGCGGGCCUGGGCGGGCUAUUGCUCGGUGCGGUGGCGGCGGCGGCGGCGGCGGCGUCUUGGUGGGGGGGGGGCCCGGGCCGGGCCUUUUGUUUGCAGCAGCAGCAGCAGCUGCAGCGCUAGGGGGGGGGUGGACGCCCCCACACCCUCCCGGAGCCCGGAGGCCAGCGGCCCCGCCCGCAGCCCGGCUGCCCCUCGCGGGGGGCCCGGGGGGCUGCUGCCCAGCCCCCGCCCCCUCCCCCCGGGGCUGGGCCUCGCCCUCGGCCCCCCCCCGCCCCGCCCUCGGCCCGCCCCGUGGGGAGGAACCCGCGGGGGCCCCGGCGCCGAGUGGCCCGGCCGCCUCCGGACUGGCCGCCCCUGGCCCCUGCGUGUGUGCUCCGGACCCCCGGCCGCCCCUCGCCGCGCGGGCAGACCACCAUGAAGAUCAAAGAUGCCAAGAAGCCCUCGUUCCCCUGGUUCGGCAUGGACAUCGGGGGCACCCUGGUGAAGCUCUCCUACUUCGAGCCCAUCGACAUCACGGCCGAGGAGGAGCAGGAGGAGGUGGAGAGCCUGAAGAGCAUCCGCAAGUACUUGACGUCCAACGUGGCCUACGGGUCCACGGGCAUCCGGGACGUGCACCUGGAGCUGAAGGACCUGACACUGUUCGGCCGCCGCGGGAACCUGCACUUUAUCCGCUUCCCCACCCAGGACCUGCCCACCUUCCUGCAGAUGGGCCGGGACAAGAACUUCUCCACCCUGCAGACGGUGCUGUGCGCCACGGGGGGCGGCGCCUACAAGUUCGAGAAGGAUUUCCGCACGAUCGGAAACCUCCACCUGCACAAACUGGACGAACUUGACUGCCUGGUCACGGGCCUCCUGUACAUAGACUCUGUCAGCUUCAACGGCCAGGCCGAGUGCUACUACUUCGCCAACGCCUCGGAGCCCGAGCGCUGCCAAAAGAUGCCUUUCACCCUGGACGACCCCUACCCGCUGCUGGUGGUGAACAUCGGCUCCGGAGUCAGCAUUCUCGCCGUGCAUUCCAAAGACAACUACAAACGCGUCACCGGGACCAGCCUGGGCGGGGGCACCUUCCUGGGUUUAUGCAGUUUAUUGACCGGCUGUGAAAGCUUUGAAGAGGCGCUUGAGAUGGCGUCCAAAGGGGACAGCACGCAGGCGGACAAGCUGGUGCGGGACAUCUACGGGGGAGACUAUGAACGGUUCGGGCUGCCCGGCUGGGCCGUUGCCUCCAGUUUUGGAAAUAUGAUUUAUAAGGAAAAGCGAGAGACUGUCAGCAAAGAAGAUCUCGCAAGAGCUACUUUAGUUACUAUCACCAAUAACAUUGGCUCUGUGGCACGCAUGUGCGCCGUGAACGAGAAAAUAAACAGAGUUGUCUUCGUGGGGAACUUCUUACGGGUCAACACGCUCUCCAUGAAGCUCCUGGCCUACGCACUGGAUUACUGGUCGAAAGGCCAGCUGAAAGCCCUGUUCCUGGAGCAUGAGGGCUACUUUGGCGCAGUGGGCGCCCUUCUUGGAUUGCCGAAUUUCAGCUGAAGCGCCAGACUUACCUCUGCUACUAGAGCUGGCGCGAGAGGAGCUGGACGCCGGGGGCGUCGCCACUGCGUUAUCUGUCACUGGGAACCAAAGGAUAGAAACAAAGAGCGAUUGAUUUUUAUACAAUGUCCAAAUGGUAAGCUGCUAACCCGCCCCGCUCGGAGCGAGCACUGUCCCGUGGCGUCUCUCUGCUCGGAGAUGCUUUCCCCGAGGCAUGCGCGCGCGCUCAGAGCCGACCCCUUCGAUGCAAUACGGCCUCUGAGCACGCACCUUCCUCUCCGGGAGUUUUUUCUAUGUAUUUGACGUAGCCAGCAUUUCAGUACUGUACGCUAAACAAAUCUUCUAAAAGUCUUUUUUUAGUUCACGAGAAUGAUUGAUUUCUGAGUAUUUGUUCCAUGUCUGUUCCAUGUGGGUGACGGUCACUCAGGAACAGACAGUGACCCGCCCCGAUGAGAGUUUCAUGGAAAUGGCAAUCAAACAAAGAUGAUCGUUUCUAUGUAUGAUUUGUUGUUUUUUUUUAAAGAAGCAUUAAGGCAAUAUUAUUAUUAGAGCUUUCCUCUCACCUCACCAAAAGCACAUUUUGUGAUCUUUCACUCUUUUAAGUGUACGACUUUUCCAGAAGGCCACAGUUCAUUCACACGAUGUGGAAUAUCCUAACUUAAAAAUGGAAUUCUGGAAAAUUCACGUAUUUGGAAACAUUGCACUUUCCAGGGAGAGUUAAUAUCUUUUGAAAUGAAUUUUUUUAAAAUUGGAGGCUUAUUUAAAGGUCCCCUCAAUGAGAUGCUUAGAUUAUUCUUCCCCCCAGCCCCUUCCUGGUUCUGAGGGUUGAACCCAGAGCCUUGAAGCCUCCAAAGCAGAUACUCUGCGCCGAGCCAGACCCUCAGUCCCUGUGAAGAAUAUUCUAGAAGAAUAUGGUCCAAGCACAUUGGGAGGGUCCCAGGUUCUUUCUCUGCCACAUUUAGCUCAGGCCCAAACUUAGUCAUUUCUCUUCAGCUAGGCCAAGCCCGUUCAAACUACAGAUGUUCUUGUAUAACAGGAAAAAAAAAAUCACAUAUAUCAUAGACAUGUUAUGGAUAUCUAAAAGGUGUGAAAUUCUGUGGCCUGAGGCAGUAUUAAAGAACUUCUCAAGGGGCAGUGUUCACGACAUUGUAAAACCAGAAAGUUGCAGAAUGCAUCCAUCUUGGGUCAUGGAACUGUUCUGACAUUGGGGCGGGAGUGAUCGUACCUCGGGGAGGCCGUUUGCCUUGCACGCGGCCGACCUGAGUUGGAUCCCCGGCACCCCAUAGGGUCCCCCUGAGCACUGCCAGGAGUAAUUCCUGAGUGUGGAGCCAGGAGGAACCCCUGAGCAUCGCCGGGUGUGACCCAAAAAGCCAAAAAAAAAAAAAGUUGUUAAAAUGUCCUACACUUCUCUGAGUUUUACUUUGGCCGUAGUAUAUUGGAGACCCAACAGUUCCGCCAGAUUACUCAAGGCGUAUUGUUUGGGGAAUAAAAAGGCUUGAGAAACAGUUUGUCUCUUUAAAAUAUCACAAAAGCUGGAUCUGCUUCCCAACUGUUUACAUUCUCGGAGGAAAGAAGUAUUACAGAAUUACUGAACGUGUCCGCCGACAACUUCCUGUCGCUUACCCAGGUGCUCGAUACAGACAUUUCUCCUUGAACUCAAAUUUUGUGCUCAGACACUUAGUUUUAUCUAAAGACAUGGACAUAUGAAUUUAGCGGAAAGAAGACAGGAGAGCCGGGGGCUGGAGUUCUGGACAGUGACAUUUUUUGGAAAAAAAAAUAAUAAUAAUUAUUAUCAAGACCAGGCUUGUAUGUUCAUGUUUCCAUUGUUGUUUCUCGUUAUGUUAGCCAAAAGCCAUAUGCGCCAUUCGUUUGAAAUUUGUUUCGCUGGGCAUCUGUGCAAAAAUUAUUUUUGAAAGAGUUGUAACUUCCAAUGGUGUGUCCUUGGCAAACCAUACUGUAACAGAGGUUCAGAGCCGUCAUUUAAGAGAAUGACCAGAUGACCUGUGCUAUUUUGUGCUCAUUGGGAACGAAAAUCCAUACUGUUCUCCUCGGAGACAGACGUGAACAGCCGUCUCGCCACGGUUUGUGCUUUUUCUGUGUAUAAUCUAAAAUUACUGGAGUGGGCCGGAGCGAUGGAACAGCGGGGAGGGCAUUUGCCUGGCAUCCGGCCAUCCCGGGUUCGAUCCCGGGCAUCCCAUAGGGUCCCCCGAGCACCGCCAGGAGUCAUUCCUGAGUGCAGAGCCAGGAGUCACCCCUGAUCCUCGCCGGAUGCGACCCAAAAAAGCAAAAAAUAAGAUUACUGGAGUAUUAAGACAGGGGCUCACGAUCAGGACGGCCAAGAAUCCACUUUGUUAGCCUCAGGAAAUUCCCUCUGAGUGUGUCGCGGUGAGCCGGUGGCUUCUAACCUCACUGCACACGACGCCGCAAAGCUCUUACAUUCUUGGGCAAGUGCUGUCUAGCAGACACAGAAACGUGAGCCCUAUGGCGACUGUCACCUCCCAGUAGGUCCGGGUAGCAAGUGCCACGCUGGAGAGAGCACAGGGCGCCGGGCACGUGCCCUGCACGCUGGGGGCCUGGAAUAGGCCCCGGGCACCACCGGGCACUCCCCCAAAAUAAAUACAGGAAGGAGCAGGGCCCCGAGGAGAGCUCAGCGGGCUGCAUUCUGCUUCUGCCUGCAGGAGACCCCGAUUAGAUUCCAGCACUACAGGGAGUGGCCCCUUCCCCCCCUCCAGACCCAGCCACGAGGGACCAGCACCCUCCCCGCCCAGUGCGGCCCCAAAGCAUCACAAAAUGUGAACUGCCGUAGUUUGGGGCAGGACGAAAAAUCUCAUGAAACAUAAAUAUUUUUGUCCAAACCAGGAUGCCUGAGCCCCCUAGUGUUAUUUUAUCGGGUCACCAGUAUAAAAAGUUACUGACGAGUGAUUCUGCCCUUUUUUGUGGUUUUUUUUUUUUUUUUGGGUGGGAGGAGGGUGGAGUUUUGUGACUUUUUUGGCGGUAAACCCAGGGCCUUCCUCCUGCAAGGCCAGUGUUCUGCUGCUGGGUCCCGUGCACCCACCCCCCCUCGAGCCCCCCGUUUCCGGGAGAGCCCCGUCAGCGCCCCCCGACGUCAGCCAUCGUUCUUUCUUCUCAGGGGCCGCGUCUGGGCAGCGGCGCCUGCCCCGGACAGUGAAAUUCCCGAACUGUUGGCUGAAAGGCUUUUCUUCCGUCUGUUUUCCGUCCUCGUGCCAGGGGUCAGGCCUGGGGCAUCCGUGAGCAGGAGCGCUGCCUGGCCCCAGAGCACUGCUGGGGGGGUCUUGAGUGUACACCGGCCUAGGGUCCCCCAUCCCCCCCCCCCCCAGCACAUACUUGAAGUCACCUGGGAGCACACUCUAGGCGUGCCCUCAGCCCGCACCCCCAAAGGACGGUCACAUGCCGAAAGCGGAUGAACGUGUGCUCUUGACGGGGUGCUUUGCCGGGAAAUAGGAGGCGGGGGAGAGUAAUUACAGUGAAGACCUAGUGCAUUAUUUUGUACAAAGAAGCUUCCCCCCCCCCCCCCCCCGGUCACACCAGGGGUUACUCCUGGCAGUUCUCAGGGGACCCUCUGGGAUACUGGGAAUCGAUCCCGGGUUGGCCACGUGCAAGGCAAACUCCCUACCCGAUGUACAAUUGCUCCAGAACUUCAAAAAAAAAAAUUUUUUUUUUUGAGAAUUAUGGGGAGGGUGGGGGCUGGUGUAUAGCCACCCACGCACCCCCCUUCCCCCGGGAUGCUCAGAGGACCAGACGUGCCAGGGAUGGAAUCUGGGCUCGGGUGCAGAACGUACCCUGUGGCACUCUCCACCGCCCUUUUUCAUCGGGCUCUAAAUUUUAUUGUAGGGCCCGGGGUUGGUUUGGGCCCGUUGAUGCAGUUUCACACAUGACAUGGCCCGUGGCCACGUCCUCCUCCGGACAGUCCACUCCCUUCCGCCGUGGUCUCUCUGUGGUGUCCACCCCCAACACACACACACACACACACACAGAGCACCCCCCAGACUUAGGGUAUUAUUUAUUUUUUGGGGGGUUUGUUGUUGUUGGUUCUGUUUUGGUUCUGGCUGGGGGCCACACCCAAAUGUUGAUCUGGGCUGGCUCCUGGCUCCUCCACGCUCAGGAAUUCCUCCAGGCGGGUGGACCCCUUGGGGGGGUGCGGGGGGGGGGGGGUGAGCCUGGGUGUGCCUCGGGUGGGGGUGGGGCCAGGCAAUGCAAACGCCUCCCUGCCUCCCUGCCGCACCAUCGCUUGGGCUUCCUUCGUCCUGACGCCCUUGCGCAAGUUCCAGAAUCAGUUCCUCCUCUCGGAAACGGGUCUCGGAGGACUGUCCUGCCUCAGUGUCAUCGACCUUAAACCGACGAAACUCCCAGACGCCAGUGCUCACGGAUCUGACGAAAGCCACCCUUGCUGCUUCGACAUCUAUGCAAAUACUAGAAUCUAGGAUGGGGGGGGAAGUGCUGGGCCAAACCCAGCAGGGCCCAAGGCCCAGCUCUGCGGAAGGAGCCUGGUGGUGCUGGGAACUGAACCAGGGUCGGCUGCAGGCCAGCCAAGCACCCCUAGCCCCCCCGCCCCCCUAUUCGUUCUCCUUCCAGGUCUAUAAUCUUUGGGUUUCCUUUUCAUUCUCAAGACCCCCCCAAUACCAUUUUCCUGUUCGUUUUGUUCUGGAGCUUAGUAAAGCGCACAAGUUCUGGAAUGUUCCCAUCACCACCUCAAUCACUCCCCCCCCCAAAAAAAAAUUUAAAUAAAAGAAAGAAAAAGAUUGCCUUCUCAACAGAGACUUGUAAAACCAACGGCUUCCGGUUCUGCACCCACCCGGCCGUUUUCUCCAAAGACAAUUCCUACCCGCAGACGGGCUUCCCCGUGCCCGUACUCCGGCCCGGCCGUCACAGGCGGCGGUACCUCUGCUAGCAAUACCCGCGGCACCUGACGCUUCCUUCGAGAGAGGCAGGUGACUUGCCAGAUCUCGGGCCCUGUCACUUUCUGCCUGCCUUACUGCGGUGAACGCCGUCGUGAAGUACCAACUCCCCAAAGCCCGUUUCUGUACGCACAGAGAUUCGGGCAAAAGGGAGAAGGUUCGACCCCGCCCAGCCCCCACCACCCAGCCGUGCUCUUGCCUCCUCAGAGCAGCUCCCCGCCUCCUGCCUGGCCCGCCCAAGGUCGGUCGCAUCCUUGGCUGGGAAGCUCUGCACACCGGUCGUUGGCAUGACGUCCUGAGCUCGCUCUGAUCUGCCAUGAAGUGUCAGUGAUGCCUAAGGCGUCUCAAUGCACUUAUACCCGACAGCAAAGGAAGCCCGUCAGCCACCGCACUUUCUUAUUGUAAUAGGAUCAUCUGGGGGCUGGAGCCAUAGCACAGCGGGGAGGGCGUUUUUGCCUUGCACGCGGCCGACCUAGGUUCGAUUCCCAGCAUCCCAUAGAGUCACCCAAUUACCACCAGGAGUGAUUCCUGAGUGCAUGAGCCAGGAGUCACCCCUGUGCAUCACCAGGUGUGGCACAAAAGGAAAAAAAUAAAAGUAUUUUAUAGAGCCCGUCCUUCCCCCCAUUUCAAUACUGCAGAAGAAUGUAGUUUGUUUGCAUAUUUUUGGAACCCCCGGUGAUAAUGAGCCAAGACCCCCAUGCAAGCCUUUCCCUCUUUCAAGUCUUUCCGUAAACAGUCCAUUUGGAGUCGGUGGCACAGGAGACCCAUCCUCCUCUUUCCUCGAGAGAUUUGAAGCGAUUUCUGUUGUCUGAAAGUUCAGCUGUGCUGCUCCCGGCCGUCCCUGCUGAGCCCUCGCCGGCUUCACUUGGCUUCACUUCGCUUCUCUGGGUUUCUCUCCCUUUAUUUGUAAAACGAGCGGUUUGAUGGGCAGGAAGUGACUCGGGGACCAUCCGUCAGGCUCUGAGAGGAGCGGAUAUUGCUGCCGUGACGGUGCUUAGGAAGACUCAGAGCGGGUUCAGAUAUUUUGGCCUCUCGGCUUCGACUUUCAGUUUAUUCGUAGCUAUUGAUUGGUGCAGGAUUUGGAGUCUCCCCACAUCAAGCUGACAUUUCUACGAAUCACGCCUGGCGUGGCUGAGGAGAUGGGCUUGUGAGAAAGAAGGGUUUCCUGGUACUUGGGCGUAAAAUUCUGUGUCCUUUAUUUUGGGGUGGAGGGGGCGGCACUUCUGAGCUACACUGGAGGGCCUCAAGGUGGCUGGGAUAGGAGCCGGGCCGCCCGCAGGCUGAGCACGCCCUGACGUCCUUGGUUUAACUGCUGAAUCGUUAAGAACUGGCUAGUACUUCCGGGUGCUUUGGGAUAUUACCGACAACUUUCUCACGGUACGGAAAGAAGACCCCACUCAGGGUACGAGUUAGGAGCUGUGCCACUAAGCCGUGCCACCGAGUUAGUAGGACCCAGGCACGGAGAGGCAACUCCAGGGGGCCUGAGCGAGCACUUUGCCCGGAGCAUCCUCCGCUGAAACAAGACUCUGACUCCUGACCUCAACUGGGUAUGGGCCAAAAACAAAAAAAACCCUGUUUUUUAGACUUUUUUGUUGUUGUGGGCUGGGGGGGGUGGCGGGGCGGGGCACAUCUAUCUGUGCUUAGGACUUACCUUAACUUGCGCUAAGAUGAGCCAUACAUGGUGCCAGGGAUAGAAACGGGGCAAGAGCCUUAACUCCUGUCCUAUCCCUUAGGCCCGUGUUGGGUAUUUCCGACCCCGACCCCUCUCCCCCACCCUGGCCCUUUUCUUCAAACUUUUCAUUUUUGGAUCACUGACAAAAAUUCAGGCUUUCCGUUUCUGAUCACCGACGGCGUGGUCAGCUCUUAAAAUGGCUUUUGUCGGGGUUAAAGCUCUAGUGCAGUAUGAUAAGGCACUUUCCUGGCACGCAGCCAACCUGGGUUCCAUCCCCCGGCACCCCGGCUGCCCUGCCCCCAGCACACCAGGAGUGAUCCCGGAGCACAGAGCUAGGAGUAAGCCCUGAGCACCUCUUAAGUGUGGGCCAACCCCCCCUUUUUUUGAUUAACUUACUUGCAAGUUAAAAUAUUCAUGUUUGAAGAUGUCAGCUGCUUUCAUCCUUCAGAGUAUCUGAGAAUUAUGCGAAUUGGACUGUGUCUGACAUUCCCGGUCUCCAAAAGCAAACAGACAGAACCAGGGGCAAUGGGCUCUAACCCUGGGGGCUUCAGGGUUAGCCGUUAGUGAAUUAUGUGUUUGAGAAGAAACAGAUCUUUUUUUUUUUUUUUUUUUUGCUUUUUGGGUCACACCUGGCGAUGCACAGGGGUUACUCCUGGCUCUGCACUCAGGAACCAUCCCUGGCCAUGCUCAGGGGACCAUAUGGGAUGCUGGGAUUUGAACCUGGGUUGGCCGCGUGCAAGGCAAACGCCCUACCCGCUGUGCUAUCUCUCCAGCCCCAGAAACAGAUCUUUUUUUAAAAAAAAAAAUCAGAUAAUGAUCUAAUUUUUUUUUUUCUGUUUGGGUCACACCUGGCGAUGCACAGGGGUUACUCCUGGCUCAUGUACUCAAGAAUCGCCCCUGGCGGUGCUCAGGGGACCCUAUGGGAUGCUGGGAUUCGAACCUGGGUCGGCCACGUGCAAGGCAAACGCCCUACCCACUGUGCUAUCACUCCAGCCCCAUUGAUCUAAAAUGUUUUACAUACAUCUGGCACUUUCUGUAGAAGACUUUUCUUUUUUUUUUUUUUUCAUUUUUUUUCUGGUUUUGUCAUUUUGCUGAACUUGCCAUAAAGCCUGUGUUUAAAAGGAUUGAUGAGGAAUGUUGUUUUUCAAAGGAAGGCGGUUUAAAAAGCCAAGCCCUUAAGAUCCUGGGGGGAGAUUCUGCUGUAGCGCUUGUUGGCUGUUUCUUCACAUCCUUCUGCAUUGCUUAGAGUCGUGUCCCCUUUCGAAGCAGACACUGAGGUGUUGAUGCGGUCAGUAAAGCUCGCCUACAUCAGACAGACAGUCAGGAUUAUUUCCGCCUUCCCAGACCCGGCCGUCAGCAGGAACCACAGCUCGGCCGCCAUUUGCCACCUGCCGGGGGCAACGGACAGUCUGUUUUUAUUUUCAGCGUUUAGACAUAAAGGAAAAGCCAUCUUAGAGCCCCAACAUCAAUAACCUCGGCUCCCCGUCUCGAAUAGAAUAAAGGGAAUUAGGAUGUCAGCCAACAUCAAGAUGGUCUUUAUGGGUUUUUUUGGUUUUUUGUUUUUUUUUCUUUUUGGGUCACACCCGGCGAUGCACAGAGGUUACUCCUGGCUCAUGCACUCAGGAAUGACUCCUGGCGGAGCUCAGGGGACCCUAUGGGAUGCUGGGAAUCGAAUCCCGAUCGGCCGCGUGCAAGGCAAACGCCCUCCCCGCUGUGCUAUCACUCCAGCCCCAAGAUGGUCUUUAUGUUUGGUAGGAAUUAUUUGCUUUCCUUCUUCAUUUGAGCUACGGCAAAACACCGACUUUGAAACGAAUUGAAUGGCAUUUAUUUGUUUUAACUCUGCCCAGUGACUGACCAAAAUCAUUCCUCCCCAGACCUGUGUGGAUUCCUUUUACAAUGCACAAGCCAUUUCAGUUUGAAUUGCCUUAUCCUAUCUGUCGCAUUGUUCUUGGUCAAGGCCCAGUUUUGUCAUGUAGAGAUUCUCCUAACAUUGAGUCCAUAAUGUAAAAACGAUGUAUUAUGUGAUGUGCUACAAAUUUUAUUCAUAAUAAUCUUUUAAGUUAUAGCAUAUUGUAACCUUAAAAAAAACAACCUUCUUGUAAAUUGUCUAAUUUAUUUUUUCAUUUAUGUACAGUUUCAUAUGUAAAUUUUAAAAUCUCCGUUGUGACCUGUUCUGGAAGCGUCUCCCUUCCCGGUCUCUCUUCCUUAAUGCUUAUUUGCAUGAAAGAAACUCUGGAUUUUUGCCUGUUUCUGCUGUUUGGCAAAUAAGCCAAUUCCCGGGACCCUCUGCCUCUCUCCUCUGUGGUUUAACUUUUUCUAGUUUUGUUCCUAUUCUAAAAAUGUCCAAUCAUGCUUUUUAAUUCCUACUUUCAAAAUAAAUUCUUUGUUUAUAUUA